UCCUAGGAGCAGACAGAGCAGGGCGAUCCUGCUGAGGUUCCUGCAGAGGCUGACUCCUCUGGAGCUGCCAGGGUCUUCCCAGCAUGACCAGUGCCAGGAGAGGAGACUGACCCACUUGUUCCCAUCAGCUCCUGAAGGUGACACUGAGCCCUGGGUGGCCCCUCAACACCAAAGCAGUUGCCUGUAUUUGUUGGAUAAAGACAGACAGGCCAGCCGCUCUUUAGCUCCAAGGUCAGAGGUCCCGAGAGCCAGAGAGCCAUGGGCAAAUCGCCAGAGACGUGGUGGUUUAUCCUGUUUUCUGUUUUGGCAUCAAUUUCUGCUGAGCCUACCAUGCAUGGGGAGAUCCUGUCCCCUAACUAUCCUCAGGCGUACCCCAAUGACAUCGAGAAAACGUGGGACAUAGAAGUUCCAGAAGGGUUUGGGAUUCGCCUCUACUUCACCCAUCUGGACAUUGAGCUGUCAGAGAACUGUGAAUAUGACUCAGUGCAGAUAAUCUCAGGAGGUGUUGAGGAAGGGAGACUCUGUGGACAGAGGGUCAGCAAGAACCCCGACUCCCCCAUUGUGGAAGACUUUCAAAUCCCAUACAAUAAACUCCAGGUGAUCUUUAAGUCAGACUUCUCCAACGAAGAACGGUUUACUGGCUUUGCUGCGUAUUACGCUGCCAUAGAUGUAAACGAAUGCACAGAUUUUACAGAUGUCCCUUGCAGCCACUUCUGCAACAACUUCAUUGGUGGUUACUUCUGCUCCUGUCCCCCAGAGUACUUCCUCCACGAAGACAUGAGGAAUUGCGGAGUCAAUUGUAGUGGCGAUGUAUUCACGGCUCUGAUUGGGGAGAUUUCAAGUCCCAAUUAUCCCAAUCCAUACCCGGAGAACUCAAGGUGUGAAUACCAGAUUCUGUUGGAGGAGGGGUUCCAAGUGGUGGUGACCAUACGGAGGGAAGACUUUGAUGUGGAACCAGCUGACUCGGAUGGGAACUGCCAGGACAGUUUAACUUUUGCUGCAAAAAAUCAACAGUUUGGUCCUUACUGUGGCAAAGGAUUCCCUGGGCCACUAACUAUCGAAACCCACAGUAACACCCUUGAUAUUGUCUUCCAAACUGAUCUAACAGGACAAGAAAAGGGCUGGAAGCUUCGUUACCAUGGAGACCCAAUCCCUUGUCCCAAAGAAUUCAGUGCCAAUUCUGUUUGGGAGCCUGAAAAGGCAAAAUAUGUGUUUAAAGAUGUGGUGAAGAUAUCCUGUGUGGACGGAUUUGAAGUUGUGGAGGGAAAUGUUGGCUCAACAUUCUUCUAUUCUACUUGUCAAAGCAACGGUCAGUGGAGCCAUUCCAGACUAGAAUGUCAGCCUGUGGACUGUGGUAUUCCAGAACCCAUUCAGAAUGGUAGAGUUGACGAUCCAGAUAAUACCCUAUUUGGUUCUGUCGUUCACUACUCGUGUGAAGAGCCAUAUUACUACAUGGAGCAUGAAGAACACGGCGGGCAGUAUCGCUGCACUGCCAAUGGGAGCUGGGUGAAUGACGAACUGGGUAUAGAGCUGCCAAAAUGUGUUCCAGUCUGUGGAGUACCCACGGAGCCCUUUACAGUACAGCAGAGGAUAUUCGGAGGACACCCUGCAAAGAUUCAAAGUUUUCCCUGGCAGGUCUUCUUUCAGUACCCAUGGGCUGGUGGGGCUCUUAUUGAUGAGUACUGGGUGCUGACGGCUGCUCACGUUGUGGAGGGAAUCUCCGACCCAUCUAUGUAUGUUGGGUCCACAACUGUGAAAAUGGAACAUCUGGGAAAUGGCCAGAAGCUCACCUCCGAACGUGUGAUUAUUCAUCCAGGCUGGGAAGCAGGGGAUGAUUUGGACACACGGACAAAUUUUGACAACGACAUCGCACUGGUGCGGCUGAAAGACCCUGUGAAAAUGGGGCCCACUGUCUCCCCCAUCUGCCUGCCAGGCGCCUCCUCGGAGUACGAGCCCUCAGAGGGGGACCUGGGGCUGAUCUCAGGGUGGGGCCGAACAGAGAGGAGGUACAAUGUUAUCCAUCUCAGAGGGGCAAAGUUACCCGUGACCUCUUUGGAGAAGUGCCAGCAGGUGAAAGAAGAGAAUCCCAAAGUGAGGGCAGAAGCCUAUGUUUUCACUAGUAACAUGAUCUGUGCCGGAGAGAAGGGUGUUGACAGCUGCCAGGGGGACAGUGGUGGGGCUUUUGCUUUGCAGGUCCCCAAUGUAAAGGUCCCCAAAUUCUAUGCAGCAGGCCUGGUGUCCUGGGGGAAGAGGUGUGGGACCUAUGGAAUCUACACGAAGGUAAAGAACUACGUGGACUGGAUACUGCAAACCAUGCGGGAGUACAGUGUCUCCAGCGAGGACUAAUCCAUACACACCACCAAGACACAGCAAACGCAUUGUUCUCAGAUCCUUCUCAUAACCCCAUUGUCUCACAAUGAUGGAGAGAAGAUGCAGGCGUACCAUUAACAUUGAACUUGAUUGUCAAGAUACCUGGAUGGAGGGAGGGUUUGAUCACAGACGUGCGUUGAUUAUUCAGUUGUGAAUUCCUGUCUGUUUUGGUAACCACAUGCAGAGGCCCUUCUGUCUUGCUCGAUUCUAUGGGGAUAUCGUAAUCCCCCACCCCUCUUUAUCUGCUUGAGAUUCCAUCUAUAAUCCUUGGAGUCCUUUAUUUUCUUGCAAUAA